AAUCAGACCCAGGGGCGGACUGGCAACUCAUGGGGCCCCCGGGCAAUAGGGGAUCAUGGGGCCCCUGUGUCCUUGCCCAAACUCAAAAAAGCCUAUGAAAAAGGUACCAGUGGCAUCUCAUGGGGCCCCCUACUGAUCCCGGGCCCUCGGGCGGUGCCCGAGUUUCCAAAUGGUCAGUCCACCCCUGGUCAGACCCACAGUGCAGUAUUUACAGUGCUUUGAAGGCUUAAGUCAAAAGGGCUAAGUGCUCUAAUAGUCUACAUAAUAAAUAUACACCAUUUUUCUUAGCUUGUCAUGGAUAUAUGAAUAAUUUUAUUUUAUUUUAUUUCU